CACGUCCCCCCCGUCCGGCGACCUCGAGCGACGUACUAGCAUUUUUCCCUAGCGGCAAGCAAGCAUAGAUACCAAGACUAAACAACAAGAAAGGCGGCGGCCGGCCGUCCAUGGCCGGCCACUGCAACAACUAACCCCCACCCCGGCGCACCACGCUGGCUGCUGGAGUCGACGCCGGCGCGGUCGAUGGACAAGGGAAAAAAGGUACCGAUGCCGAGAGAUUUCUUCGGUUUUUUCUUGGGAAAUAAAGCGAAAGCGGGGACGGAGCCGGCUAGCGCAUACGGGAUCAUCUCGUCCACCACCGCCACCGCGGCCGAUCCUCCCCUUUUCCCCUCUUUCCCCCGCUGCGCCGCUUUGCAUUGGAGAUCCAUGGCCGAUCCACACUGCCACUGCUGCUGCUACCCCCUUCAGUUCAGCCUCGCGAAAGCCAAGGAUAUAAACAGGCCCUGCUGGCUGCACCGGUGGCGACUGAUCAAUCACUGAUCAGUAAGAAGGCAGCAAGAAGGCAGCCAUGGCGCGCGAGGGCAGAGUGAUCAGUCUCGGGUUGGUACUGCCGGCGUUGCUGCUCCUGCUCUGCUCCACUCGGUGUGAAGCGAGAGCCAUCAGCAGGCGGCUGCAGGGCAGGAGCAGCAACUCGCUGCUGAGCGCGCUCUUCAAGCUCAAUUUCAUCCGGACGGUGGAGCCAGCGCGCCUACGCCCGCCUCCGACCGCCGCCGCCGACGCCGAGAGCCUCGCCGCCGGCGACACCAACGCGCCGUUCUGCGUCAACCCGCCGGACGCGCCGCCGUCGUCGACAUCGGCGCCUCCCUUCGUCUCGACGCCGUUCACCCCGUCCUUGCCGGACCAACCCCCGCCGCUGCCGCCGAUCACCCCUGUGCCGCCGUCCUUCGAGCCCAGCCCGCCGAACAGCGGCGCACCAGGCGGAGGCGAGAGUGGAGGUCAAGGCCAGGGCGGAGGUCAAGGCCAGGGUGGCCAGAGUGGAGGUCAAGGCCAGGGCGGCCAGGGGGGUCAAGGUCAGGAAGGCCCACCGGCUUCCACGGCGCCGAGCACGCCGCCGCAGAUCGGCCCGGGCGCGCCGUUCGGGUCGGCGCCGCCGAGCCCCAUCGUCGUGGUGCCGAGCCCGCCGGAAUUCGGCCCCGGUCCCGGCUCAGGCUCCGGCGGUGGCUCGGGUGGUGGUGGUGGUGGCGGCGGUGGCGGCGGCGGCCCAUUCCAGCCGCCGAUAAUCUACCCGCCUCCGCUGGCCCCGCCGCUGCCGCCGGGGGCCGGGCAGACGCUGUGGUGCGUGGCGAAGCCGACGGUGCCGGACCCGAUCAUCCAGGAGGCCAUGGACUACGCCUGCGGCUCCGGCGCCGAGUGCGACUCCAUCCAGCCCAGCGGCGCGUGCUACCACCCCAACACCGUGCUCGCGCACGCAUCCUUCGCCUUCAACAGCUACUGGCAACAGACCAAGGGCACGUGGGGCACCUGCGAUUUCGGCGGCACCGCUACCAUUGUCACCAGAGACCCAAGCUAUGAGAAGUGCAAAUUCGACCUUCUAUAAGGGCACACAAACAGCAGGAGAACAGACUGCAGAUGUGCAUUUUUUUCACCAUGUUCAUUGGGGGUUAUUGUUCCUUUAGCUUCUAGGGCACACCAGUUGCAGAUUUUGUAACUAGCUCCUCUUCACUAGUCUUAUUUUGAAUUUUGUAAGACUAAUACUGUGCAAAGCUGAAAGGUGAUUCCUUGACAUGUUUGUUGCACAAGCUCUUAGACAUGCUACUCCUUGCCCUCUUCACUUUCAACUUUCUUUGCUAAUUGUUUAAGUCAAUAUGCUUAACUUA